UGUCGAAGGCGACGACAGCGACGGACCGCUCUAUCCCCGCUCUGCCAACAACACUCGAUAAAGUGCACUCGUUCUAGGCAAACGCUAGCGCUACACAAUUUGGCCGUUACGUUACGGUUAGUGAGUUCCGUCGGCUCUCGGAUUUUGGGUUUCGGUUUCGAUUUCAGUUUCAGUUUUUAGUUGAGUUUGAUUCCCAUUUAUUGCUUGUGCCGUAAUCUAUUAAAGUGACAUUUGAUUCGGAUUGCCGAUCGCUGCUGAUUCUUGUGUUUUUUGUUUCUUGGUUUCUGCCCAAGUGCGUGUGAGUGAGAUAACCCUAGCGGGUCACUAUUGGUGGUGCUCCCUGUGAUUAUGCUGAGUGUGGCGCAACCGUUUUUUACCUGCAGGCUGGGCCCCUGAGAGCACACCUCGCGUGCCGCCGAAACGCGCACUGUAUUAGUCAUGAUCGUCAGAGCGUCUCUUGAAUCACCAACAGCAACAGCCUCCAUUCCCUUGGCCCCUUCCACAGCCACCGAGUGGCGUCCCCAACAACAACAAUAGCAGGGCCACCACUUACUCGUAUGUGAAUAACCGAAUUCGAAUGCCGUAAACUGUUUACAUUGCUCAAGAGCAUUACUCACCUCCCGCUCACACGACCUGACGCAGUAGCAAGAUCGUAGGAGGGACGGGAAGGAGCGGAGAAUUGCAUUGAAUCGGAUUAAAGUGGAGUGGAGUGGAGUGGAUUGGAGUGGGAGGAUUGCAUUGGAGAUUCGCAGCUGCAGCAGUAGAGUCUGUCGAUUACGUGAGCAGAAAAUAAACAACAAGCAGCCGCCAGCCGCCAUUCCCCUGACCACUGAUAACACCCCAAAUACAAACAAACACGCCAGCAGAGAGUGAAACCGAACCGAACGUGUGCGCACGGAGAGAGGGAGAGAUAGUACUCCUCCCAUCCAAAACGCACGAGAGCAGCCGGAUAACUCGCAGCGUGACUCAGCACUAUAGAAUGAGUGACGAGACAACGGGCAGCCUGGGUGAUGCCUUCUCCCCCAUGGACACGCCAACGACAACGAUGAUGCCCCCGCCAGCGGAUGUCGAUGAGAGCGGCUUCUCGCAUUCCCUGCUUACAUUUGCCGCAGUAAUGACCUUUCUGAUCAUGAUCGUGGGCAUCUGCGGCAAUCUGCUGACGGUGGUGGCACUGCUUAAGUGCCCCAAGGUGCGCAAUGUGGCCGCUGCGUUUAUCAUCAGUCUUUGCAUUGCCGAUCUACUGUUCUGCGCCUUGGUUUUGCCCUUUCAGGGCCUACGCUUCGUCCAGGGCACGUGGCGCCACGGCGAGGUUCUGUGCCGGCUCAUUCCCUUCAUCCAGUACGGAAACAUCGGGGUAUCCCUCCUGUGCAUCGCGAUGAUCACGAUCAACCGCUACGUGAUGAUCACGCACUAUAGCCUGUACAACAGGAUCUACAAACGCCACUGGAUAGCCAUCAUGAUCGCCGCCUGCUGGCUCUUCUCGUACGGGAUGCAGCUGCCGACGCUCCUGGGCGCCUGGGGACGCUUCGGGUAUGAUGCCCGCCUGCAGACCUGCUCCAUCAUGAGUGAUCGCCACGGGCAUAGCAGCAAGACGACGCUCUUCAUCACGGCCUUUGUCAUCCCCUGCCUGGUGAUUAUCGCCUGCUACGCGAAGAUCUUCUGGGUGGUGCACAAGUCCGAGCAGCGGCUCAAGAGGCAUGCCACCAAGCAGAACUCCAUUCCCAACAAUCUGCGGCCAUUGGCCGCUGCCACCUCGGUGCCGUCCGGCGACGGUGCAAAUCCCAGCCAGGUCCCAGCCGGCUGCCGGGUCUCCUCCGACAGCAGCAGCAACUACUCCACGGAUGUUCCCGAUACGACACCAGGCGGAGCCAGUGGUGGGGCCGGGGCUAAGCAGCAGCCGACCCGCGUCAAGGAUCAGCGGGAAGUGCGCGCCAAGCGAAACGAGUGGCGCAUCACCAAGAUGGUGCUGGCCAUCUUUCUGUCCUUUGUGAUCUGCUACCUGCCCAUUACCAUCGUCAAGGUGGCCGACAAGGACGUGGAACACCCCAGCCUACACAUCUUCAGCUACAUCAUGCUCUACCUGUCCGCCUGCAUCAAUCCCAUAAUCUACGUGAUCAUGAACAAGCAGUACCGCAAGGCCUACAAGACAGUCGUCUUUUGCCAGCCCGCCGCUCGCCUACUGAUGCCUUUCGGCAAGGGAAACGGGGCCAGCAGUGCCGCAGAGAAAUGGAAAGAUACCGGGUUGAGCAACAACCACAGCCGCACUAUUGUCUCCCAGAUGUCGGCAGGAGCAACGGCAACGGCAGCGGCGGGAACCCAGCCACAGUCCACGUCCACACAGGGUCCGGUUCAGGCCCUGGAGCUGACGGCCCGGGUACCAGAUCUGAUCAGCAAAUCACCGAAUCUGCCACUGCCACAGCCACUGCCCCAGAUCCCACCGGCGGGAGCUCGUCCGUCCCUUACACCGCCGCCACCUCCGUCGGUGUUGACAGCGACACACAGCAACGGAAGCGGCAGCCAACGACUCCCGCUCAAGAAGAACAAUCACUCCUACACAAACAGCGGCUUCAACAGCAGUGUGAUCAGCGCCAACCCCAGUUCCAGUCCCAGUCCCAGUUCCAGCGGCGGGGGAAUCUACCGGCCAGGGAUUGGCUCGAUGGGGAACGGCUCGGCCUCGAUACGACGCAUCACCAUGGUGGGGGACGACAUCAUCCUGGAGGAGGAGGAGCUGCCGCCUACCCCAACAGCGAGCUCUCCCCCACAGAUGCAGGCUCCGCCGCCGCCGCCAUCUUCCUCAAGACAAACGACAAUGAACGCAUUGAAUACAACGCCGAAGACGCCCAUCUAUAUGAACGUCGACAGCCCGAAGAGAAACCAGUCUUAUAGCGAACGCAACAUUCCAGUUCCGGCUAGGGAGGGUCACGAUCAAGGAGUCAAGGACUCCCAAGGACUCCCCAGCAAGCUUAUGGAUAAGAAGAAAUUCCCAAAAGACUAACGAAAUGCUUUAAUUCCAAAUAUCAUAAUAAUUGUUACGCUACUUUCGUUGCACGCCCAUAUGCAUCGGUAUAUCGGUACAGAUCGGGUAUCGUAUCGGGUGUGGAAUACGUGUUCCGCUGUCUAUCUGUCUAUCCCCCCUUUCCUGAUAGUACGCCCAAUACACUAUUUUCACUAUCUAUCGUAGAAACUGUGCCAUACCCAUUCGGCCCGUAUUCAAAAAGUUAUCAUAGAUAUGUUCGAAAUAGGCUAGUUGCACUGACAUCUACACUGUUACCUAUCGAAUCCGUGUUUACACUUGCGCAAAGUUGAGUUAUUGAGGUUGAUAACCACAAAAACUUUAAUAGUCAACCAAAAAAUAUUAAAAUGGUUGAUCUAAUGGUAAAAUUAGUUUAAAGUAUUUUUUUUAAGUAUUAUACGUAUGUAUAUUUGCUCCUUUUCCCUCAGCCAUACUUUUUAAUCUUCUAGCUUUUGUUGUUGCUAGUGGUGAUAGUUCACAAGAUAGGCAGAACAGGGCUAAAAAAAAAAACUGGAACGAAACCAGAACUCAAUAACUCAACCCAAGUAUAAAAAGGGUAUAAGAAGUCGUAAAUUGUAAAAAUAUUGUAGAUCGUGUGUUCCACAAUCGCUAUCCGAAUAUCGUUUUACCGUAUGCGCUUGGCUUAUCGAUUAGCUUUUAAACCCCCGAAAAAGACAUUGCACUAAAUAUUUUACACAUAUGUAUGCAUACAUAAAUAUACAUAGAUAGAGCAGUAGUUAUACAUUUAGCUAUUUAUCGUGGCCCACGUUUAGUACUAGCAGUCUUUUUUUAAACCUACCCACACACACACAUCUACAUAUAUGUAUAUGUAUAUAGCUUUAAUCUUAGAUAUCUCUUUUUG